AGCACCCAGAGAUAAAAGAGGCGAUCCACGGAAAGGACGAUAGGCUCCUCACCUUGUUAAAAGAUGUUUAUGUGGAGUCCAGGGAUCCACCUAUGCCGGUGAAAGAUGGAGGUGGUGAACAUCUUCCAUGUAAACUGGAGGAAAAGAGACUUACAAAACUAGGCUGCUUGGGAGAUCUAGAUGUUAAGAAAGUUUCCAAGGGCAGGAUCUCCAUUGUGGAGGCUGUGACGCUUCUUAAUAAUCAUAAACUUCAUCCUCAAGUAUGGACUGCAGAGAAAAUAGCAGAGGAAUAUAGCCUGGAACUGAAGGAUGUCAACUCUCUUCUGGAAUUCUUCAUUCCUUUCACUGUACAGGAAUUUCCUAAAGAUACCAAAAAAGCUAUAAAGGCAACAUAA